AUUUUUCUCUCACAGGCAUCAAACAAUAGUUUGUAUGGUGUUUAUCCGAGUAAUACCCCUGCUGGAAAUCUUUCAAGUACAGCUGCUGGAGGAAAUGGAGACUCGGUGGAUCCAAGUGCAGAAUUGAAUCAACAGCAGAAAGAAAAGGAGGAUCUUUACAGAUCUGGAAUAAAAAAAUCAGCACAAACACCAGACUCACAGGAUCUUUACAGAUCAGGAGACAAAGAGGCAAAAGUUGCUGACCAGGCAAAACCAUCUCCUUACCUGCAACAGGCGGACAUGUUUGUCAAUGCAGUCAUCGAUUUAGACAAAUGGCCUAAGGAAGUUCAGACUGAGCUUCGGAAGAGGAUGGGGAAAUACCAGGCUGGAAACAAACUAUCAUUUUCUGGAUCUUUAGCUGAAGCUGAGAGAUUCUACAGAGAGGUUUGUGAAAUUGUUGAAGGAUCUGAAGCUGGGAUGAAUACUGGUGCAGUAAGAAAUGAUUCAAUUGUUGAGAUCUCAGGGCCCAGUGUAGCUUUACCUGCCCUUAUCACCCCUCUCCACCAUUACUGGUACUUCAGCCAAGCCUACAAAAAGGAGAUCAACCAAAUCCAGGACAAGUUUGGAGUUAAAAUAGAUGCAGAGGUUUCAGUUUCAGUUACUGCUGAGGAUCAGACCAGGCCUGAUUCUGUGAGAAAAGCCAAGGAUAAACUGAUGGACCUCUACCAGACCAGUACAACCAGUCUACAGUCUCUCACCAUCCCCCAAACUCAACUGGAUUCUGAUAUAGCAAAAAACGUGGUGCGUAAUAUUCAAUCAGACGAGGCUAAAAUGGUGUUAAUGAUGUCAGUAGAUGGAUGCAGGCUCUUUGGGUCAAAAAAUACCGUAUCAGGAGUUCAGAGUCGACUGAAUUCAGAGGAUAGUGGAGAGGUUGCAUCUCGACAGACGUCUAGAACCUCAGAACUGAAGACAGAUCCAAUCCUGAUGAACGAGACACACUGGAGAGUGAUGAAGAAGAGGUUUGAGAAACAUCUGCUUAAUAUUGAACAGAAAUAUGGAGUUCAGUUUUGUGAUGAACAUUCGCACGGCUCUGCUAAAGUGACAAUACAGUCCAGAGAUAAUCAGCCUGUCAAUCAGGAAAGUCACGCCCUAAAGGACUUCAUGCAGCUCUACCUAGAGGUUGUUCUGUCUGCAGUGAGUGUCCCUGACCAGGAGAGGACUGUGGUGGAGGCACUGGAGAGACAUCGCCUUGUUGGUGUAGAGGACAAAAAUGCAGAGCAGUCAGAUCCUGCAUACCAGAGCAUGGACAGAGAUCCAGGGUUUGAUGACGAGCCAAAGACACUCAUUAGUACAGAAAAUUUACCAUUCCCAAAGCAACCGGAGGUGACUGCAUCUCUGAUUAGACCAGAAACUGUACAGAGGACCAAUGAUAAUCAGAGACAUAAGAAUUCUAAACAGAAAGAAAGUAAUAAAAGUAAAUAUAAAGAUGACUGUCCAAUCUGCAUGGAAUCAUUUUCUGACCUAGUGAAACUGAAGUGUGGUCACAGGUUGUGCAGAGUGUGUCAGAAGCGGGCGGCAAAGAGCAUGGGGGAAAUCUGCCCCGUGUGUAAGAGAAGCUAUGGGAUGCUGACAGGAAACCAACCUGAGGGGGAGAUGAAAUACAGCACGCUCAGAUAUGAUCUUCCAGGUUAUCCUCGCUGUGGAACGAUUGAGAUUAUUUAUGAUAUUCCCAGUGGAAUUCAGACGGAUGAGCAUCCAAACCCUGGGCAUCCCUACAGUGGGAUAAAGUGCAGAGCUUACCUGCCUGACAGUCCUGAAGGACGGCAGGUUCUGCAUCUGCUGAUCAGAGCUUUUGAUCAGAGACUGAUCUUUACUGUCGGGAAGUCCACGACCACUGGAGCACAGAACACUGUUAUCUGGAAUGACAUUCAUCAUAAAACUAACACGACUGGAGGCCCUGAAGGAAACGGUUAUCCGGACUCCAACUACAUGAAGAGAGUUAAAGAGGAGCUGAAGGCCAAAGGCAUCGAGUUUCCAGUUUAGACCAACUGGGUUUAUCUGGACGUCGAUUCAGAGCUUCACAGGAGCUUCAGAUACCCUGCAGUUCUGUCACUGUUAUAAUUUUACAGGAUAAUAUUAAUGAAUAGGUAAAAGCAUGGAUAUAUUUUUCAGUUUUAUCCCUUAGAACAAAAUAAAACAUUUGACAGGAACCAAAAACCAGGAGCCAACAGUUUUUUGCAGGUUUUCACAGAGUAUUCCUAUUUUGACGAACAUUGCAUACAUAUAAAAAGCCUACAUUUUCUUGAUCUACAGAGUUAAAAACUAUUACAUGUUUAACAUCUCACCUGGUUGUGAUUUGAUCAAGUAAUUUAAAAUGAUAAUCUA